CCCACCUUCUUCCCUCCAAAUCCUUUCCCAAAUCCUCCCCCUUUUCGGAAUAUUCCUCCCAAAUUUCGAAACUUUCACCAAUUUUUGGAGCCAAUUUCAAAAAUUUCUCCUUCAAUUACCUUCGAAUCGAUCUCGAGGUCAACGAUUUCCCCCAAAACUAAACCCUAGCUUCCUCUUCUACUUCUCCUCCUCCAUUUCCCUCGCUUUCCUCAGAAAAUUCGAUCUGGGUUCGUUGCUAAUGGCGUCGAGUGAUCCACCGCCGUCUCCUAAAAUCGAAAACCCAGUCAAAACCCUAGACGACGAGUCUUCCCCCACCGCGCCAAUUCGAGCCCUCGUUACUCACUCCCUCGCGCUCUCCUCACCAAUUCGCCAGAUCCAAAACCCAGAUGAAACUUCAUCUUCUCCCUCUAACAAAACCAUAUUCACGCCUUCUUCAGCCGAUAACGAGUACAGAGCUUCUCAGAUUCCGCCUGAUGACAACUCUCGCUCACCAGGGAGUUACAUGCCUAGUUUUGAGUAUCUUAGCGACGACGACGAUGAUCACAAGAUGGAACCUGCAGAGCCCUUCUCAUGGUCGUAUCUGAAGAACGAACCCACUGGUGUUGGUGCUGGAUUGUAUAACUCAGGCAACACUUGUUUCAUAGCUUCUGUGUUGCAGUGCUUCACUCAUACUGUGCCUCUCCUCGACGCUCUUCGUUCUUACAAGUAUCAAGAUCCUUGCAACUGUGGCAAUGAGAAUUUCUGUGUUCUGAAGUCUCUCAGGGAUCAUAUCGAGCUUGCUCUGAGGUCUUCAGGAUAUGAUCUACAGAUCCAUCGGUUUCGUGAUAACCUUAAUUAUUUCUCGUCUGACUUCCAGAUAAACAACCAAGAAGAUGCUCAUGAGUUUCUACAGUCCUUUUUGGAUAAGUUAGAGAGAUGUUCUUUGGAUCUUACUAGUAGAAAUACUCCUGGAACUGUUGUCUCUUCUCAAGGUGUUAACAUUGUUGACAAUGUCUUUGGUGGGCGUCUCGUUAGUAAGCUUCGUUGCUGCAACUGCAACUCCAUUUCAGAGAUUUUUGAACCGUCUGUUGGAUGGAGUCUUGAAAUAGACGAUGUGGAAGAUCUUUUGAGCGCUCUAGAGUCUUUUACGUGCGUUGAAAAACUCGAGGACCAGCUUACGUGCGAUGAUUGUAAAGAGAAAGUCUCAAAGGAGAAGCAACUUAAGUUCGAUAAGCUGCCUCUUGUUGCUACGUUCCAUUUGAAGAGGUUUAAGAAUGAUGGAGUCUAUAUGGAGAAGAUUUUUAAAGAUGUCAAGUUCCCUUUGGAGUUGGAUAUGCUUCCUUACAUGAGCAGUAACGAAAAUCCUCAAGUUUCAACAAAAUACUAUCUCUAUGCCAUGGUGGAGCAUCAAGGGAGUGGAGUACAUUUUGGUCACUACUCAUCGUAUGUGAGGUCAGCUCCUGGGACAUGGCACCAUUUUGAUGACGCAAAGGUCAGGAGAAUCAGCGAAGAAUGUGUUCUAUCAAAGAAUGCUUAUAUGUUGUUUUAUGCAAGAGAAGGAACUCCUUGGUUCUCUAGUGCUUUUGAAGAGCUGAAGACAUUAUAUGAAGCUACUCUGAUAAGUUUCUCUCCCACGUCGGUGCUUGAGACCACCUGCAGAGAAGAGUGUAAUGCCAACAAAGCUUGUAAUGGCUCGGUUGGAGUAUCUAUCCCGAGUGGAAGUUACUCAGAUUACCGUUGUGAUGAGCCACAAGAUGAAGUGUUUUAUUCGGCAGAGCCUAUCAGUUAUGACGUAUCUUUCGCCUUUAAGUCACCACCAAAGGCUGAUGAAUCUGGGAAAUCGUCUGCUGAGACCUUUCACCAAAAAGAGGCUACUUUGUAUCCAGCUGGCAACAGAGCUACUACCAUUGACGCUUCUGUGCCUGAGAUCAAGACUCAAGAAAAAGACCCAUCUCCAAAACGAAAAGCUGCUGAGAGAGCUACCAUUGGUGAAGAAGCUUAUCUGCCUAAGCACAAGAUUCAAAAACCAAACUCUUUUGCAAAACGACAAGGACGAUUUCAGAUUCAACGAGAGCAUUUGCAAAAUAAGAAGAAGGAAGAAACUCAUGAAACAAAGCCGAUUAGAAGCACCGUUGCUGCUGCUUCUGUAGCAGAUGUUAAGGAGAAAGAACAUGCUAUUCAAUAUCUCAGGAACAUGCCUUCGUCUCGCUCUCGAAUGCUUGCUGCAGCUAUAGGUGUUGAGGUCAAAAAGAAGAAUAUCUCUAACAUCAGAAGAUCGAAUCUUCACAGGAAUCUCUCUGAACGGCCAUCAAAUUGAAGUUUGGGAUAAAAGCUACUCUGUUCAUCUUUCUUUAUUUGAUAUGAAGAGUUUUUCUUUAGUUUUGUUUGGGGUUUUCUUGUGUAUAUCACUUUCAUCAAAUUUUGUAAAGCUCCAACCAAAAUUCUAUAUAAAGAUUAAUGUUUUUUUUUCCA